UCAACUGCCCCACGCCGCGCGGCUAUAUAACGCGAGGCGAGGACCCCCUUUUCUUCUCAGCCUCACACCGUAGAAAGUGUAACAGGGUCCUGCCUAGCUUGCGGCGAAUUAUAUACAGAAACAGGUGAUUCGGUUUGGAGAUUUAGGUGGAUAUGGCAAAGCAGCAGCAGCAGGGUUUAAGCGGCCAUGGUGUCGAGGAGGUGGAGACGGAGGGGGAGAAGUGGGUGGACGACACCUCCGUCGACCACCACGGCCGGCCUCCUCUCCGCGCCGCCACUGGCUCCUGGAAGGCCGCCAUGUUCAUCAUCAUGAUCGAGUUCAGCGAGCGGCUGAGCUACUUCGGGAUCGCGACGAGCCUCAUGAUCUACCUCACCAAGGUGCUCCACCAGGACAUGAAGGUGGCCGCCGAGAACGCGCAGUACUGGAUGAGCGUCACCACGCUCAUGCCCCUCGUCGGCGGCUUCCUCGCCGACGCAUACCUCGGCCGGUUCGCCACCGUGAUCCUCUCCACCGCCGUCUACCUCCUCGGCCUCGUCCUGCUGGCCACGGCGCAGCUGGCGCCGCGCCUGAGCCCGACGGUCGCGCCGGGAGUCCACGGGACGCUCUUCUUUGUGGGCAUCUACCUCGUGUCGGUCGGCACGGGCGGGCACAAGCCGGCACUCGAGAGCUUCGGCGCCGACCAGUUCGACGAUGGACACGCCGGCGAGCGGCGCAAGAAGAUGUCCUACUUCAACUGGUGGAACUGCGCGCUCUGCUCCGGGGUGCUGCUCGGGGUCACCGUCGUCGUCUACGUCCAGGAGCGGGUCGGCUGGGGCGCCGCCACCGUCCUGGUCGCCGCCGUCAUGGGCGUCUCCCUCGUGGUGUUCCUCUCCGGAUGGCGCACGUACCGGUACAGGGUUCCCGGGGGCAGCCCUCUCACGCCACUCGUGCGGGUCGCCGUGGCCGCCGCCAGGAAGCGACGUCUCCAGCUGCCAGCGGACGCCAGUGAGCUGUACGAGGUCGCUGGGACGGCGCAGGGCGGCGGCAAGAAGAGGCAGCUCUGCCACACGGACCAGCUCCGUUGUCUAGACAAGGCGGCCAUCGUGGAGCACGGCGGUGAGCGCGGGGCGUGGCGGCUAGCAACGGUGACGCACGUGGAGGAGACGAAGCUGGUGGUGUCCAUGGUGCCCAUCUGGCUGGCCACGCUCCCGUUCGGCAUCACCGCGGCGCAGGUGUCCACCUUCUUCAUCAAGCAAGGCAGCGUCAUGGACCGCCGCCUCGGCCCGCACUUCGUGCUCCCGCCGGCGUCCAUCUUCGCACUCGCCGCCGUGGCCAUGAUCGCCACCGUCGCCAUCUACGACAAGGUACUCGAGCCGUGCCUGCGGCGCGCGACGGGUGCCGAGCGCGGGAUCAGCGUCCUGAGGCGCAUUGGCAUCGGCAUGGCGAUCGCCGUUCUGGCCAUGGCCGUGGCAGCCGUCGUCGAGCGGCGCCGCCUCGACUACGCCACCACCAUGUCGGUGUUCUGGCUGGUGCCGCAGUUCGCGCUGAUGGGCGUGGCUGAUGGGUUCGCGCUGGUGGGGCUGCAGGAGUACUUCUACGACCAGGUGCCGGACAGCAUGCGCAGCCUCGGCAUCGGGCUGUACCUGAGCGUGAUCGGGGCCGGGAGCUUCCUGAGCAGCCUGGUGAUUGCAGCGGCGGACCACGUGAGCUCGCACGGUGGCCGGAGGGACGGGUGGUUCGGAAAAGACCUCAGCAGGAGCAGGCUGGACCUCUUCUAUUGGCUACUCGCCGGCAUUUGCGCCGCCAACCUGGUAUUCUACGUGCUAGUCGCCACCCGGUACUCCUACAAGCAGAAGCACGUCGUCAAGGCUACCAGAGUCGGCGCCGAGAAGAAUGUCGGCGGCGACAUCGAGUGUGGCACCGCCGUGGCUGCUUAAUGGUGUACUGUAGUAGAUAAGUAUAUUUGGACAUGGGCUAGCUAGGGGAAGGAUCAUAGACGAUGACAAUGGCAUCUUCGAUCGUUACAAAUUAAGGGGUUAAGAUGUAUGUGUUUACUUGUGAUGGUUGUGUGGUAGUAGAUUGUUCAUGUCCUGUGGUUGAAUGCAUCAGAUGCAUGUCGUAAAGUUUUACACCAA